AUGGAUCACCAGCCACGGCACAUUCAUAACCUCGCGGACGAGCUUCUGAGGGAGAUCCUAUUGUUCCUGCUCGGUCCAGAAUCAAAGACUGUCAAUGGCAGUAAAACCUAUUCCAAUAGUUCCCGCGCCAUUGAGCCAGGCGAGACCUCCGACCUGGAUCGGUUUCGACUCGUAUGCAAGCGCUUCAUGCGGAUUGGAUCCCCGCACAAAUUCUCCCGAUUUGUGCUGCGAUUCUCGCGAGAUGGCUUCCAGCGACUGGAGGAUCUGCUGGACAUGCAACUGGCCUGCUAUGUAAAAUCAGUUACGUACAUGGUGCGACCCUUUUAUCAAGGAAGCGGAUGGGCACGCGUGCUACAAGCACUAGAUGGACACAUGCCGCCGCUCUCAAAAAUACACUCCCGGCGACUGCGGGACCAGAACGACCUCAUCGAGUCUGGGUACGAUCUACUGGGGCUCCGGCGGGCACUCCCGGCCCUGGUAUCGCUGCAAGAGAUAAAACUGCUGCGUCUACAAGACGCGGCUCAUGAUCGUCUAAUCCAUGUCUUCCGCAACCACGCCUUCAGAAGAAGCGUGCAGUUCGACUGGGAGCCAGCAUGCUCGCGCGCAGUAACAAACCUCGGCAUCGCCCUCCUCGACUCCAAAUGCAACUCCAUCCGCUUCGUAGGACCCCAAAUCAGCCCUGAAGCAACCCUCCGGCUCCUGCGCGCGCCAUCGACCACCCUCAGCGCGCUAGGCAGCCGUCUCACCAGUCUCGACAUCAACUUCCACUCAACAACCGACAUAACCACCACAAUGGCCGACCUAUCAGAUGUUUUCCACGGGUUCUUCAGUGCAGCCAAGAACCUCAUCGCCAUCCACCUCGGAUUCCCCAACAAAACACCGCUCGACCUGAACCUAGAAGCACUGUUCCACCAUAUCCGCUGGAAAACACUCCGCACGCUCAGUCUGCAGGGCUGGCGUCUCGAUUCCGAUGAGAUCAUAGCCCUAGCACGCCGCCACAGACACCAGCUGCGCUCGUUCCGCCUCGCAGGAAUUUACCUUCGUCCGGGCUGCCGCUGGCGCGAUGUCCUCGCCAUGCUCCGCGCGGAAAUGGAGCAUCUGGACCGCUUGGACCUCCGAGAUAUCGACUAUACCUCCCACUUUGACGCCCUCGCCACAACAUCUGGCGUAGAGGUCUUCGACGACCCAGGAGUAGACACAGACGCAGAUAUCAGCCCUGCCCUUCCUGCGCUCUUACCACCUCUCUCAUCUCUGACUCUAGCGGCUCGCCCCUCGCAGUACUCGACAGAGUCUCUCCCAGAUCUGGAUCUGGUCCCGUCACCUACCACCACCACACUGUACGCACAGCAUCGUCAAACAUCCUCGACAAAAAUCUUGUCCCUUGAGAAACUGCGCGCCAUGUCAGCUGAUGACGUCGGUGAUGACGGCUCCCAUGUCCGGCGCGAUCAACUGGCUCUCUGGGAAGCGUGGGUGCUUUCCACUCCGCAGCGAGUUGGCGUGAUGCAUAAUGGGCAUCGGUCGUGA